CCGGAGGAGCUUACCAACGCCCUGGAGAUCAGCAACAUAGUCUUCACAAGCCUCUUUGCCCUGGAGAUGCUGUUGAAAGUCCUCGUUUAUGGUCCUUUUGGCUACAUUAAGAAUCCGUACAACAUCUUUGAUGGGAUCAUCGUGGUGAUUAGCGUGUGGGAGAUAGUGGGCCAGCAAGGUGGGGGGCUCUCGGUCCUGCGGACUUUUCGGCUCAUGCGAGUUUUGAAGCUGGUCCGCUUCAUGCCAGCCCUUCAGCGCCAGCUCGUAGUCCUCAUGAAGACCAUGGACAAUGUGGCCACUUUCUGCAUGUUGCUGAUGCUCUUCAUCUUCAUCUUUAGCAUCCUGGGGAUGCACCUUUUUGGCUGUAAGUUUGCUUCGGAGCGAGAUGGCGACACGCUGCCCGACAGGAAGAACUUCGACUCCUUGCUCUGGGCCAUCGUCACAGUUUUCCAGAUUUUGACCCAGGAAGACUGGAACAAGGUCCUUUACAACGGCAUGGCGUCGACCUCCUCCUGGGCCGCUCUCUACUUCAUCGCUCUCAUGACAUUUGGGAAUUACGUUCUCUUUAACCUGCUGGUGGCCAUCCUGGUGGAGGGUUUCCAGACAGAG